CAUUUCUGGUGGGGAUCUGAGAACCGUAUCAGUCAUGUCAUCAUCACAAACCGAACUAUUCACACAGCUCGCUGCUAUCGAGAUGAUGGAAAUGGAGCUGGAAAUGAAGGAGUUCAGGUCCUCCGCGCAGUCGGAUGCCAAUUCGGAUGCUCAGCAGAGACUCCUGGACACCCAGGCCCAGGUGGACGAGGUGGUGGGCAUAAUGCGGGUGAACGUGGAGAAGGUCCUGGAGCGGGAUCAGGCCCUAUCGGAGCUCUCCGAACGAGCUGACCAGCUGGAACUGGGAGCCUCGCAGUUUGUUCGGCAGUCCGGGCGAUUGAAGCGCAAGCACUGGUGGGCCAAUGUCAAGUUGAUGAUAGUUCUGGGCAUAAUAGCCAUAAUUCUAAUCGGCAUAUUGCUGCUCUACAUUUGGCCAGCUGGUAGUGGAGAGGGAUCACAGGUCAUCACCGAAGGACCUCAGAAGUAACCGCCCUUGAAUGAAGAAAAAGCCAUGUCAUUCUUGCAAUUCCACGUUAAAAACCCACAGGUUAACACAAGAGUUUAUAUUUUUCCCAAUUAAAAAACUACUCACUACACUUGA